UACAAGCUUGUCCUGUGAUUCCCCGUCUCACAAUGUCUACCUCCUUCACCCACGAAUUCAACACCCCCUCGUUCAAGGGUAAAGUCAACUUUCCAACUGGCCUAUUCAUCAAUGGGAAAUUCGUCGAUGGCUCCAACAACACCACCAUUGACGUCGUCAACCCAACUACCGGCCAGGUGAUCACCAAGAUAGCUGAGGGUACUCCAAAUGAUGUCGACAGUGCUGUUGAAGCUGCACAGAAGGCGUUUGAUACCGUAUGGGGCCUGAAAGCCUCCGGUUCCACUCGUUCCAGACUGUUGACCAAACUGUGGCAACAAAUGGAGGUCCACCAGAAAGAGUUGGCCGCACUUGAGGUUCUUGAUAACGGCAAGACCUUCAGUUGGGCUCUGAACGGGGACACAGCAGCUGCGAUCGAGACUAUUCGGUACUACGCUGGCUGGGCAGACAAAAUUCUCGGACAAGUUCAAGAGACUACCGAAGCGAAAUUGACUUACUCCCGCCACGAACCGAUUGGCGUUGUCGGUCAAAUCAUCCCAUGGAAUUUCCCAUUGUUGAUGUUUGCUUGGAAGAUUGGUCCAGCACUGGCCACUGGAAACACCAUCGUUAUCAAGCCCUCGGAAUUUACCCCCUUGACCGCUAUCAGGAUGGCCUCAAUUAUUCAAGAGAUAUUCCCUCCCGGUGUUGUCAACGUCGUCCCUGGUUACGGUAACACCGUCGGCAAUGCCAUUUCGACGCACAUGAAGAUUGAGAAAGUCGCUUUCACCGGAAGUACUCUUGUCGGACGCAAGAUCAUGGAGGCCGCUGCCAAGUCCAACUUGAAGAAUGUAACUCUUGAGCUGGGUGGAAAGUCUCCCAAUAUCAUCUUCAACGAUGCUGAUCUUGACCAGGCCGUCAACUGGGCCGCACAUGGAGUGUUCUGGAACCAUGGUCAGACUUGUUGUGCAGGCACUCGCGUUUUCGUCCAAUCUGGCAUCUAUGACGAGUUCCUCAAGCGGUUUACUGAGAAAUCGAAAUCUAUCAGGCUCGGCGACCCAUUCGACCAAGAAGUCGAUCAAGGACCCCAGAUCUCCCAGAUUCAAUAUGACCGCAUUAUGAAUUAUAUCAAAUCUGGCAAAGAGCAAGGAGCCACGGUACAUCUAGGCGGUGACCGUCAUGGCAAGGAGGGUUACUUCAUCAACCCAACCAUCUUCACGAACACACGGCCGGACAUGAAGAUCGUUCAGGAGGAAAUUUUCGGCCCCGUCGGUGUUUUGAUCAAGUUCGAGGACGAAGAAGACGUUAUUCGUCAAGCAAAUGACACCGUGUAUGGUCUUGCUGCUGCCGUUUUCUCGCAGGAUAUCACCCGUGCAUUGAACACUGCUCACCGACUCAAGGCUGGAACUGCCUGGGUGAACUGUGCCAACGUUCUUGAUUCAAAUGUACCUUUCGGCGGCUUCAAGCAGUCUGGUAUCGGCCGUGAGCUUGGCGAGUACGCUUUGCAGAACUACACCGCCGUCAAGGCCGUACACGUCAACCUCGGCAUUAAGAUGUGAGCUAUAUAAUUAUUUUUUUUGGACUCUCGACAAAAUGCAAAAGAACCAUGUACACGUAUGUUAUUCUGUAGCCGGCUUAGCGCCAACACAUAAGAGUUUUGCCGAA